UUCAAGAUUCUCUCCUCACUGUGGACCCCGGCGACGCUGGCGGGCGGCGCAACAAACGGAGGAGGAGGCGGUGGCAGCACCAACAACUCCAGCACCACGCCCGAUAUUCCGCCCUCCAAGGCCAAGUUCAAGAUCACCGUCGUGAGCACGCCCAGCCCCUCCCCACCGCCCACGCCCCCGUCCGCUAUGCUUGCUCAAAUGGUCGAGACCAGUUCCCCGCCGGCAGGUUAUACCCUCAAAAGAUCGCCCAGCGAUCUUGGCGAGCAGCAGCAACCACCUAGGCAAAUCUCCCGAUCUCCGGGAAACUCGGCCGCCUAUCACCUGACCACCGCCAUGCUCCUGAACUCCCAGCAAUGUGGCUACUUGGGCCAGAGACUGCAAUCGGUGCUCCAGCAGCAGCAGCAUGCUCACCAGCAAUCACAGAGCCAAACCCCAUCCUCCGACGACGGCAGCCAGUCGGGAGUGACAAUUCUGGAGGAGGACAGAAGAGUGGGUGCUGCAGCGGCAUCCCUCUUCACCAUCGACAGUAUUUUGGGCUCCAGACAACAACAGCAACAGCAACAACAGGCUGGAGGAUCUGCUGCUGCUGGGGGCCAAGGCAACCACAUCGGCAGCAAUGGCAGCCAAAACGGUCUGACCUCGAAUGGCAUCAGUUUGGGACUGAAGCGGAGUGGCGCCGAGUCGCCCGCCUCGCCCAACUCCAACUCCAGUUCCAGCGCCGCCGCCAGUCCCAUCCGACCGCAGAGGGUUCCUGCCAUGCUGCAGCAUCCCGGCCUGCAUCUCGGUCACUUGGCGGCGGCAGCGGCCAGUGGUUUCGCCGCCUCUCCCUCCGAUUUUCUAGUGGCGUACCCCAACUUUUAUCCAAACUACAUGCACGCGGCUGCGGUGGCGCAUGUGGCCGCUGCUCAGAUGCAGGCGCAUGUGAGUGGAGCAGCUGCCGGAUUGGCGGGUCACGGACACCACCCCCACCACACCCACGGCCAUCCGCACCACCCGCAUUUGGGCGCCCACCACCACGGCCACGGGCAGCACCACCUGGGGCAUUUGGGCCAUGGCCCACCGCCGAAGAGAAAGCGUCGCCACCGCACCAUUUUCACCGAGGAACAGUUGGAGCAACUGGAGGCCACCUUCGACAAGACCCACUAUCCGGAUGUGGUGCUCAGGGAGCAACUGGCCCUCAAAGUAGAUCUCAAGGAGGAAAGAGUUGAGGUUUGGUUUAAAAACCGUCGGGCCAAGUGGCGCAAGCAAAAACGCGAGGAGCAGGAGCGGCUGCGAAAAUUACAGGAGGAGCAAUGUGGCAGCACCACCAAUGGCACCACCAACACCAACGGCAGCAGCGGCACCACCAGCACCACCGGAAAUGGUUCUGCAUCCGUAAAAUGCCCCGGAUCCGAUCACUAUUCCACGCAAUUAGUGCACAUCAAAAGCGAUCCGAAUGGGUAUAGCGAUGCCGAUGAAUCAUCCGAUCUGGAAGUGGCCUAAACAGUAGCCUAGUGGUUAAGUGUAUAUAUGAAGAGCUAACCAAAAGUUGUAUGAAUAUUCCUAGGGCCAAUUGAUCAAUGUCGAAAAGGGGCUAAGAAGUCAUUUAAAAUAAGUAAAUAUAUAUUUACUUUUUAUGAUUUGAUUGGUACUGGUACUCUUACAAAUAUCUUUCAAAUUGCAUUUAAUUACAAUCCGUUAAAAAUUAUUAAGCUUAGUUAAUUGAGUUAACAAACUUAUUUAUUCAUUGAAUUGUUUAUAUGACUGAGUAUCUAAAAUUAUCAAGUUCAAGGAGUAAAUUUAAAUGGCCCUUAUCUCAUAAGUUUUGUUUUGUAUAUAGACAAGGAUAACAUUUUUGAGCAUUUUUUGUUACUAAGUUAUAAGUUGAAAAACAAAAAAACACUAAGAGGAACUAGAAAAGUAACUUAAUUAUAUUUAGUAAAAUCUGUACAGUCAUUAAAUUUAUGUAAACACGUAUGUGUGUGCGAGUGCAUGUAUUAAACUAUGUAGGUGUGAAUGUGCAUUUUGUCUUAAUUGUUUCGUGUCCUGUGUCCAAGUCCAAAGUUAAUUGCAUCUAAUAUACAAAUCUCCAUUAAAGCCUAUUGAUAAAUAAGCAAAACAUACCAUACUAGACGAACGUUAAGUGUCAUUCCUCCAACGAUUAAUUCUAAUGUUAAAACUAACUUAUUGAGAACCGAAAAUAAAACAAAAAACUCGCCAAAAGUCAAAGGAAAAUGCCAACAGAAGUUGUUUAACUUUGGGCUGGGAAACUUUGUAUGAUAAGUGGGAAGACCCGGCAAGAAGCUUUCACACCUGCCACUCCGGGUAAUAGGAGAUCCCAGGAUAACUGAAAAUGGGAAAGGAAAAUUGGGAGAAACUGGG